AUGGAAAAGUCGGGGACCCUGCGGGCGCGCCUGCAGGGGCGCAGCGCGGGCAAACACGCAGCGCACAGGUUUGACGUCUCCACUGUCUAUCCCAACCAGAAGAAGUUCAGCGCCUUCAGGGAGGCCCCGUACUCCAGGGUUUACUCUGUGGAUGUGCCCACAGCUCAGAGCUUGAAUCAGAGCUGGGGCCUCAAUGUGUUUGAUAAACGCAGGACUCUUGGAGAGGACUUGCUCUGUGGGUGGACUCGUGGGUGUGGCUGGCCUCGCUCUGACUGUGCUCUGACUCAGUCCCACAUAGGACCUGGGACCUAUGGUUGCAAGGAGACCUGCUUCCGCAUCAAGAAGUUGAAGAAGGAGGUGGGCACAGGCUGCGCCAAGGCCCAGGAAGCCACCUGGCUGACGCAGCUGCCCCACUUCCAGUACCGGGCCAUCCUGAAAGAGAAGCGGCAGCAGAAGGAAGAGCUGGGGCCUGGCUCCUACAACUCCAAAGACUUCUUAGAAGAGUUGCAGGAGAAACCGGGCAGCACCCGGGGGCUGCUCAGCUCCGGGGAGAUUCGCUUCCGAGGACUCAUUGGGAACUACUAUCCAGGCCCUGGAAAUUAUGGGGAGAAGGGCAACCCGUACACGAAGCUGGAGGAGAGUGCCUGGAACCGGUCUCAUUCCAAGGGCCUCAUGUGCAGGAUGACCAACAAGCCGCCCCCCUUGGCUCAUCAGGGGAGCAGUCUGGCACUGGGCACCUACACCUUCAAAAGUGGCAUCGAGGCGUACCUGGCGCGACCCAUGGGCACCCGCGGCCUCUGUGACACUUUCUCGGGGGCCAAAGCAAAGCCAAUACCAUAUUCUUGUUCCUCCUCUGUUUCUCAGAAAAAACGGCCCAGGGAACUGAUGAAUUUCAAGAGCUUCGCGGAAGAACUUAACUCACGUCACAAUAAGAAGCGUGGAGUUUUUUCAAAAGUUCCCCGCAACCCGGAAGCCCCUCCAGAAAGAAUUUAUUGGGCCACACUUAGCCAGUGUCCCCCAAAACUAGCCAUGUCUGGUCCCAGUACGUGGCUUCCUCCAGAGAAGGAAUGCAAACACAUCAACCAACCACCGUUCCUGCUGUCUCCCAAGCGGAUAGGCAUAAAGGCCUCCCCGAUGAUUCUGGGAACCUGGAACCCCGUGGGUGUGGGUCGCUACCUCAACACCCAGCUGAUGGAGACAAAGGACCAUCGGCAGCGAUACCGGUCCCUGUUCAUGGGUGGAUCCAAGCGCUACCUCUCGGACCCAGCCCGGGACAGGCUCAUGCAGGAAAGAAUCACACCUUUUACUAGGGGGAAGUGCUCUCCAGCUGUGGAUUACAAUUCAGAUCCUAUUCCUUAAAGUCGCACAUGAAGGACAGCCUGCAGUGACCGGAGGACCCAAAGGCCUGAAGACAGAUCUGGGGAUGGGAGGGUAGGAGUGGGAAUGGGGGGUCUUGGAGAAAGGACACAUGGGAAUGCCUGGAAGAGGGGAGAGGUGUGGUGGGAUCACUUUUGCUGGAGAUGUCUACCGGGAGGUCGUGAUGUCUGCUGGGCCAGAUAUCUUUUGAUAUGAGAGAUCAAUUAUCCUGAGAAUUGGCUACUGACAUGAACAUGGGAGCCAGACAGCAGAUGGACUAAAGGGGUGGAAUGUGGUUGACACUCUUGGAACCCCUUUUAUUCUAAAGCCAAAGUCCUUGGAUCCCUGAUCAGUAAAACCCAAAGAGAGUUGGGAGAGUGGAGCUUAUGUCCUAAGGUGGCUGUAGGCCCUCUCUGGGAAUACUCCAUCUCCAUCCCAGGAUGCUCCUGGAAGCUCAGCAGGGCCAAAUGCCAUGAGGAGGCUGCUGACCUCCAGGAAUCAUGCAGCCAUUGGGAACAAACAGUUCCACUCCCAAAGUCAGAACUCGUGGGCACGCCAGUCUAGCCCAGAGGUGGGUCUGUGCGGGUUGGUCACAAUGUCCUGAGCUUCUGCCCUCAAUGUUUUUGGACAGUGAGAGAUUGGGUGGGAUGGCAGGAGUGUGUUGUCUUUAGAAAAGAGGAGACAGACUCACAACCUCAGCCACAAAACUCACAUAAUGAUAAAAAAUACUUCAAACAAUCUUAAGAGCAUGAGUGCCUUACAGAAGUUACUUCGUCACUCAUGUCAAAAUGACUGUUUUGGGAGAAGUAAAACUGAAUUUAUUCACAGGCAUGUGGUCUAUCGAAAAAAAGAUACUACUGAAUCCUCAAAAAGGUUGAUAAGCCAAACUAGGUGCAAGUAGGUCUAAUAAGUCUGCAACGUUUCAGGAAAUAAGAUCAAAUACCCAAAUCAAAUAUUGCUAUACACUAGCAAUAAACAACCAAAAACUGAAAAUGCCAUAUAUAAUAGCAUCAAAACUAUCAAAUACUUAGGUAUAAAUUU